GACUGUAGUAGAAAAAAAAAAAAUCUGGUUGCCAUGAAUUCGGGUUAGCUAGCCACCGACAGCUGUCAGCUCACACGUGUAAAAACAUCCAUGUCAAGGCACAAGAAGGAUCUUCCGAGUGUUGCGCUGCUUCUGUUGACAUACAGAGCAACACCAGCCCGCCGGCCCACCUACCGUGAAUCGAUCCAGCUGGCUCAGUGACUCCACCUGAAGACCUUGGCACCAUUGUGUGCCAGCUCAUUUCAAGAGCCGGGGAUUUCUGAAUCCAGAAGAUGAACGGUUUGUCCAUACGAGAGCUAUGCUGCCUGUUCUGCUGCCCCCCUUGCCCCAGUCGCAUUGCAGCCAAACUGGCUUUCCUCCCUCCAGAGCCCACCUAUGCCCUUCUCCCUGACCCAGAUCCAGUUUCUGGGACUGGAACUGGGUCUGGGUCCAGCUCAGGGGCUGCUCCGUCAUCUCUUGGAGCCCCAGGACUACGUUCACGGCUGGGCACUGGUAGUGGAGGUGACAGAGGUGGUGGUGGUGGAGGAGGAGGAGCAGCACCAGCAGCAGCACCAGCAGCAGCACCAGCAGCAGCAGGAGGAGCAGCAGCAGCAGCAGCAGCAGCAGCAGGAGGUGGUAGCGCCGUCGGCGGCAGUGGAGGUGGAGGUAGUGGGGUCGAAGGCAAGUGGAAGUUGCAUCUCACUGAGAGAGCAGAGUUCCAGUAUACGCAAAGAGAGCUGGAUGUGACAGAUGUAUUCCUGACCAGGUCCAGUCGAGGGAACAGGGUUGGAUGCAUGUACAUUCGCUGUGCCCCCAACGCCAGGUUUACAGUGCUGUUUUCCCAUGGCAACGCAGUAGACCUGGGCCAGAUGAGCAGCUUCUAUAUUGGCUUAGGCACGCGCAUCAACUGCAACAUCUUCUCCUAUGAUUACUCAGGCUACGGUGUUAGCACUGGCAAGCCGUCUGAGAAGAACCUCUAUGCUGACAUUGAUGCCGCCUGGCAUGCCCUCCGCUCCCGGUAUGGCAUCAGCCCUGAGAAUAUAAUCCUGUACGGACAGAGCAUCGGUACAGUGCCCACGGUGGACUUGGCAUCACGCUUCGAGUGUGCUGCCGUGGUCCUCCACUCUCCUCUCACGUCUGGUAUGAGGGUGGCUUUCCCCGACACUAAGAAAACCUACUGCUUUGAUGCUUUCCCCAACAUUGAGAAAGUGUCAAAGAUCCCGUCUCCAGUGCUCAUCAUCCACGGUACAGAGGACGAGGUCAUCGACUUCUCUCAUGGCCUCGCCCUGUUCGAGCGCUGUCCCAAGGCGGUGGAGCCCCUCUGGGUGGAGGGAGCCGGUCACAACGACAUUGAGCUUUACAGUCAGUACCUGGAGAGGCUACGGCGCUUCAUCAACCAGGACCUCGCUGCACAGCAUGCCUGAGAAAUGAACAUCAGCCUCUCUGUGUGAAUGAGACUUCGUGUGUGUGUGUGUGUGAGAGAGUGUCAGAAAGAGGACGUCAUCGUGUAGAUCUAAAAAGGAUGUGUGAUUUUUUGCCACAUCUGUGUGUCUUUGAAGCAGCACACCUUAAGGUUAUAUUUCAACAAAACCUAUCUUCUGUUUCCUGUUUUAAAGGUGAGGGCGUUUUUAUUUAAUUUAAUUUUUUUAAUCUAUCAUUAGCUGUAUCUAUCUGAACAGUGGAGUGUCGAGAACAUGCUAAAAACAAGAACUGAGAUUAAACAGCUUUUUAACAUGGGGGGGGGGGGGACAAUGGAUUGCAGCUUUAAAAUGUGUUUACCCGUGAAUUCAGAAGGAAGAACAAUGUGCUUUGUCCAAAAAGGCUCACAGAUGUCAUGUUUAAGUGUGACAUGUUAGUGAAUGUAUGAAUCAUGGGACGCGUGUGUUGAGUGUUUAUUCAUAUCUCCAUGGACCUGUGACACCUGAAAAAUGCGAGUGUGACGGCGUUAGCGCGGGGCCGUGCUGAAAGAAGUGGACAUCCUGAAAACUUGGACAGCUCCAGGUGGAGGAGACUUAUCAAUAUUAAGUGUUCUAUUUCUUUUUUUUUUUUGCAAAUGUAAGAAUGAAGAAUACCUCCACAGCUCGACCAGUUCUCGCUCCAGUGGACACACACGGGUCGAGCAGGUGCCCCCGCCCCUUCCUCCUCUGUUGAUGGACAUUCAUGUGACUGCCAGGGCAUUUCCCAAGUUGCUAUCCAGCUAACACUAACCUCGUCUUUUUGUGUGGUUUGAGGGUCCAUCUUCCUUCCCUUUGGUGUCGGUUGUGGCAGAUACACAGGGAUUAGUCUGGAAUACUGUCGUAGCUCGUUCGGCUGUUGGGUGUCUCAUACUUUUCUCUCCCUCGUUUCUGACUCUUUGAGAAGAUUGCAGAACGGCCAGCCUCCAUUUCAUUUCCUGGCUGUUCUGUAGCUAUAGUCACUGUCCACAGAACUGCAGCGGCAACUUAAAGUGAAAUAUUUUUGAUUUCCCUGUGUUGCUUUUUUCCCCAUUUCCACCUUAUUGUGAAUAAGAAAUGAUGGUGUGGUUGAAAUGGAAACUGAUCGGUGAGGAUAUCUACGGCUAUGUGGAUGUUUCUCAGCCGUUAGUGAAACAUUUAUAGAAGUGAAGGCUAACUCAGUAAUUUUCAUGUCACAUUUAAUCAGUUUGCUCUAAACAGAAAGCAGAAGUCUUUCAGUGUUUACUGAUGUGUGAUGUUUGAAGUCUGGGCAGACUCUGCUGACUUACUAACAGCAGGCGUAAGUCAGAUUUAAAGGUGAAUGUUGACAUUUAGGGAAGUUCACUUAUGGGCUGUUUUGUUAAGAGUUAGAUGAGAAGAUUUCUACGACCGUGCACAUAACCUGCCAUAAAACCACAGAGGUGCUGGUGUUUGUUACCUGUGGACACUACCAGGCUUUGGUUUCCCCUUGUUGGUCGUCUUAAUGCUAAGCUAACCUAACUAUUGGCAAGCUGUAAUUUCAGAUUUACUGUUAGAGAUGUUCUGAUACCAGUUUUUCCUCCCUGAUAUCGAUUCUGAUACCUGGACUUUGCAUAUCGGCCGAUACUAAGUGCAGAUCAGAUACAAUCUCAUUUUAAAAGAAAUGACUCGUAUAUCAUAUUUUAACAGCUGUAUUCAUAACUUUGUAUAGAGGGGAUGAUUGCUGUCAUUGCUGAAAUGCCUAUAGCUGCAGUUGUCGUUGGCAACAUUGGGGCCACCCUUUGCAUACGGUACAUACCGCCAUUUUACUUGCUUUUGGUGGGAAAUAACUUCUUCGCCGCUCUAAAAACUGCACUUGUCAGUGACCGCACAGAGCAGCUGCUGUUUUGGAGCGGUAAAGAAGAAGUGAUUUCCAGGAAUCAUUGAUCGAAUACAUAGAUUUGUGUACUCGCAGAUACCUGACCCGGCAGUAUGGGAGGCAUUUCCGAUUCUGGUACCGGAACAUCUCUUUUUACUUUACUAAGUUUUAUCUAUCUUCUCAUCUAACCCUCUACAGUACAUGAGCAUAUUUCCUAAAUGUUGAACUAUUCCUUUUUGUUUGAAGUGUGGUUGUCAGGGACGUCUGUGAGAACAGACUUGUUUGGCGCUUGAUGUUCCGGCUGGAUUUGGAGGCUUUUAAGGUAUAACGAGACAAGGUCGCUGCUCACUUCAGAAUAAUAAUACUUCAUCCAUAUCAUACUGAUUAACUCGUAGUCUUACAGCAGACUUUGUUUUCCCGAGUCUCGUUCCAGUAGCAUUCAUCACCAGAGUUCAACAGCCUCCUGUUCACAUUCGCCCCCUGAGCACAUUUUCUUCUAACGUGUUUGUCUUGAUGUAAUUAAUCCCAACGUGUUUGUCGUAGUGUAGGGCCAUGGACUGUCAUGUCUCAGAACCAUGCUUGUUGAUGUUAUGACUAACAAUGUGAUUCAGAUCGGGUGCCAGGAUGGGACAUCAUGCCUACUACAGCUCUGUUUUAACCUCUGUGGCCCUAAAUGUAGGAGCUCUCUUAUGGAUGGCAGCAGGCUUCAAGUCUGACACAAGCCAUAUUUGAGCCUCUCACUGUUGGUGUGGUGCAGGUUCCACCACACACACACACACCUUUGCACAUUGACACACAAAUACACACACACAUCUACAGACACAUUCAAACACUACACGCAUAAACACACGUACUGUAAUAUACAGUAUAUUUACACAUUUAUAUAUAUCAGAUCAAGCAUGGCAAAAGCAGGUCUUAAGUUCAGCACUAUUGUAAAAAGCAUCUAAAGUGUAAUAAGGGUAUAAAAUGUAAGUUUGUGUGUCUUCAUUAUUAUUGACUGUCUUCUACAGGCCGGCGUUAAGGAUACUAGCAUCCCGUUUGAUUAAGUCCAAACAGGCCUCGUGUGUUGGCCUGAAAAAGAACAAGAAUUGGUUUUAUAGUCGCAGGGCAGCACCGCGUUCUAGAUCUACACGAGGUAGCUGUACAGGAGACCCAUCAUUUUCAGUGACAGUAGCUGUGUCUUGUCAAAGGGAACAUGUACUGAACUCGCACUAAUCUGAUAACUCCAUUUUGGGAGUACAAGUGGGUCUUAGUGAGUGGUGGGUAAGGUUACCAAAACGCCACUCGCCUGCUGUCAUCAUUUCGAACAGGGAACCUCACCAUUCUCAUCCUGUGCUUUGUGUCUCUGAAAUGUAAAUAAUGGAAAUCUGUUACCAUCUUGAACCAGGGAUCUGAGCUGUCAGAAGAAUUAGAGAGACUUAUCGCUUUUCUCUGAAAAAAUAGAAGUAGGUCUCAGUUGUUUUUAGUUUUGAUUCUGGACAGGUCGUAUUAUCAGGGAAACCACUGGAUCCACUUUUCAUUCAUGGGGCUUGGUUCAAAGAAACGGGGUGGAAAAACCGACCAUGUUACUGAUGCACCACUAUGGUUGACGUACAUUGUAUCCUCUGGCCCUGAAUGUUAAUUGAUGGGGGGUUGGGGUGUGAAGCAGUGAAAAACUGUAUGCAUGUUUAUUGUGUUUUGCCGAGCAAAUGAAAGGGUGGGACGUUAUCUCUGUUGUGUAUUCUGUGUGAGGGUAAAGCUGAACUCAUAGCAUAUGAACAUUGAAGCGCUUUAAAAAACAAAAACACGGGACGUUUAUUUGAAUUUUUUUAAAUUGCUGAUACUAACUGAUGUAUUGUUAUGAGUUUUGUGCUAGAGUUUGAGCGGGGCGGGUGGGUGAUAGGGGGGGUAGACCAUAAUAGUGGGCUGUUUAUAUGGUUACUGUACUUACCUAUUCUAUUCUUUGUAUUAUGAUUUGUAAUUUUAUGUUGCUUUUUUGAACUAAGAAUAUGAUGUAAUGAAAUUAA